AUGUUUAACAGGGAGAUGAUGGAGACCUCUUACAAAACAAUUAGUUGGUAUGCAGCGUUAGCUGUCUUUAUUUUCUACACCCCUCGCAUCCUCACAGUUGCCCUUCGCUGGCAUUCUCCUAAGUUUCACGGUCUCCCACGGCCAAAGGGCCAUCAAUUUUUCGUCGGUCAUGCUUUGCGCAUUCUUCGUGCCUCAGGUCCCCAUGAUCUGUAUCUGCAAUGGAUGCGACAGUGGCCUAACGCACCCUUCAUCAGGACUCUUUCGUGGCUGAAUGAGGAGAUUCUGCUGGUGAAUAGUUUGGAAGCGUGCCGCGAUGUACUGCAGACCAAUAUAUAUUCUUUCGCCAAGCCAGGUUUCUUUCAUACGCUGGUAGGAGAGUUCUUAGGUGUUGGGUUGCUGUUUAGUGCUGGAGAUCAGCACAAGAGGCUGAGGAGGAUUAUCACAGGACCCUUAUCAAGACCGAAUAUAAGAAAGCUGUUUCCAACAUUUGUCACCUACUCUCAUAAGCUAAAUCGUGAGAUUGGAGAGUCUUUGGAGGACUUUAAUGGUGGAACUUUCAAGAUUGAAGACCUUAUAACUCGCGUCACACUCGACAUCGCUGGCGUCUCAUUACUCGGCAGAGAACUGCGUGACUUCCGCUCGCCAUCGUCACCCCUGUCCUUCGAACAAUGCUACAAUGCUAUCCUCGUCCAGCCGCUUGCUGGGCAGAUCAUAAGCUUCAUCAACCCGUUUAUCCCAUUGAGAUGGCUCCCUGUGUCUGCCAACCUGGACUUUAUUCGCGCCAAAUCUGCUCUGAAGACCAUGAUGGAAGGUCUAAUUGAGCAGCGCAGAGCCGAAGUAGCGGCUGCGAAGCAACAGGAGGGCGGUGCUAGCCUUUCGGAUGACCUGUUGACCAGGAUGAUUGAGGCAAGCGCUGGAGAAAGCAAGAGGCUUUCGAAAGAGGAGUUAAUCGAUAUUACUUUGCAGGUCAUCGCUGCUGGGCAUGAGACGACUGCGAGUUCUCUAGUAUGGACAGCAUAUGCACUUGCCAAGGACACUGCAUCGCAGAACCGCUUACGGGCAGAGAUUUAUUCACUGGGCGCAGAAAUGUCUGCCAAAGAAAUUGACGAACUACCCUUUCUUGACAACGUGAUUCGCGAAUCUCUGCGCGUCUACUCGCCCUCGCUAAUGAUACCCUGGGAAGCGCAGAAGGGCAUAACCAUCGCCGGAGUAUAUAUUCCCAAAGGAACAACAGUACAGAUUAUACCAGCUAUGAUCCAGCUCAAUCCUGAAAUCUGGGGCAGCGACGCCGAUGUUUUUAGACCUGAGAGAUGGGAAAAUAUGGACAGCAACGCAGCCAGUCCUUAUGCCAUGGAGGCGUUCUCGAAUGGUCCACGGAUAUGUCCUGGUAAAGCGCUGGCCAUGUUGAAUACGAAAGUAUUACUGUUGGGAUUGAUCAGGGAAUUUGAGAUGGAGUUAUAUGACGAUGAAAGGGAUGUCGAGUUUAGGAACCCGAGUUUGACUUUGAAGGCUAAGAAGCCGAUCCGAUUCAAGAUUAGAAGGGUUAGCUAG